AUUGAAAAGGGUUCGAGCCAGGUUUUGCGGAGACUUUCUGUUAUAAUUUACGGGAACGGAACCUAAACAAACCUCGGAUUCAGUUUGUCCUUUUUGUCCUGAAUGUCCGAUUGCAGUUGGUCUUCCUUAUCGACACGUUUUCCACCUCACAUAUGUGUGUACCAUUGGGACGCGGUGGUGUGCGUGGUCUCGUGCGAAUACAUCGGAAUCUGCCAGGGUGUUUGUGAAAUUUUUAAGGAAAAAGUCAAUUUUCCAUAUUCGCGACAUGGAACUUUUAUUAAGUUGCCAAAAAUUCAAAACUUGGUGACAUCUAAUAUAUAAAAAAAAAUUUCCAUUUAAUUUUCACAAAACAGCAAGCCAGAAUCUCCGGUUAAUCGUGUUUAAUCUCAGAUAUUUCGAAAUCUCUUCCUGUAUUCGCGUAUUCUCGUAAUAUAAAUUCAAAAUCGAUUUAGUGUCUAAGAAUUUUUUCCUUUCGAUUCCUACAUAGUUUAUAUAUGUAUGUGCUAGGAUAAAAGUCAUCGCGACGAAUUCAAAAGGAUACGAUUAAACUUUUGUUUUUGCUCUGUCGUUUUACGUUUUCGCAAAGUGUCCAGAUAAGGAAAAAUCGCUGGCGAAAAUAAGCAAAAAGUUGAUUUUUUCCCGUAGCCUCGCCUCAAUAAUACAAGCAAUUCGUCGCGUUGUGUGCGUGUGAAAUGUAUAUCCUUUCGUUCUUCUAAAAACGGUGCUAUUCCCGUCAGUUUUUCCGAAUCUUAUGGAAAAUAGUGGAAAUUAAUAUCGCAAGAAAGGACGGGAGACGGGAGAUCUAAAUGAAUAGCGUCUGGUAGAAAUCACUAACCUCUAUGUGUUCUCUUUUGGAUGGCCAGUGCUGCACCAAGGAUCGUGACAUAUAUGAAACAUCCACCCAAAAAAAAUCUGAUAAAAUACGAGUGAAGGUGUUGAAUAAGGUUGAAAUCUAAUAGAGUAAAGUGGAUAUCCGACUUUGGAAUCAUGAAACCUUGCUUGAGCCGAACAAGGUAGUGGAUUUUGUAAAAAGGAGUUCGGGUCCUCGCAUUGCUUGGGCUUUCCUCCCAUGGACGAGCCCCGUCUUAAUAGGGUCACAUGGAAUGGAACGAAACGGGGCGUAGUGUUCGACUUUUAUGGAAAUAUAAUCGGAAUAAACAAGUCCUUUAUGGAAUUUUAUAAAUAAUAAAGAAAUUAGCAAAAAUCACUUCUAACUCGUAAAAAAAUUGCAAUAAAUUUGGUAACCGUCAAGCUAUCGGGGCUUGGUUUCAAUUGGUAACUAAACAAGGCAAUGCUCUAAUAUUAUAUGAUAAACAAGUAACUUCCUAAAAUCUAAUUAUAACGAAAAGAUUAAAUUCGUAAACUAUCCAAUAUCUUACAACUAACGCUAGCAUUACUACCUAAACCAUCAUCGAAUCAGAGUCGUAAAUUGAAGAGGAUUUAGUCGUGGUUCUCUGUAGGGAUUAGAGUUUGUAUUCCAGGCUAGAAGGCUGCACAUUGGCUGGAUCGAGUUCCGCUGCAUCGGGAAGUCGCACAAAGGCACGCAAUGUGUGAAAUAAUCUCAAAAAUGUUGGUGUGAUGGAUAAAUACUAAAAAAACUGCCUCAUGAAUAAAGUUCACCCUAACAACUGCCACUUACAUUGUGUAUCAUCAAAAUUUAGAUAAUAAUUAAUCUGAAGAGUGUAAAUUGCUGGGGACAGACAAUCACGCCUACCAAAUUGGAGCCUGUUCGAAAACGCAGGAGUAAGAUCGGAGAACGGUUGCGGUGGAAUCCAAGUCCGAGAAUAGGCGAGCAGGCAGGCAGGAAGAGGCAGUCCGGCAGACAGACAGAGAAUAGCAGCCAGACAAGCAUAUUUUCAAAUUAAUGCCGAAACCAAAUCUAGACGAGAUUUUUAAUGAAGGCAGGGGGCAACCGACAGAGCCCCCGUUCAGGUUCUGUUGAGGCAUGUCGUAAUGGCAAGAGAGAUCACCUCAACUUGCAAUAGAAUUUGAUAAUAAAAAAGGACGUUGUGAUAUUUGUUUAGUACUUUUUAAAAUUCUGAACUAUUUACUUGAAAUGUGCGAAUUUUUUUUUUUAUCUUUUUCUAAAUAAUUGAAAUCUAAAGCUUUGAACCGUGAGUGAAAUAGAAAGUGCAUGGCGCAAAUAAUAGAUACAAUGACAUCCUGGAGUGUUAUUGCCUUAACCGAAACCCAUAGUAAAAUUGUGCUAAAAUUUAUUCACUAACAUAAAAUCAAUAAGCUCAGUCACUGCCGUAACGUAACCGUAACUAUCACACUCAUAAAUUUAAUAGUAAAUUUACCAAAAAAGCAAAAAAUUAUAAUUAAUAAUAGAAAUAAAAUGUGGUCAGCAGCGCUGUGCACGUUAGGCGUGACGAAACCCAUUUGCAGUUGCCUGAACUUUCGCCAAGGAGCGGCUGCGGAGUCUCGAGGAAAGAGACCCCUUAAAAUCUGGGACAGUUGGCGAAAUGUCCGAAAAGGCGUCGUAGUAGGAAGCUUCGAAGAACUUAUCGUAAGAGGGAAAGACAAAUUAGGGGUUCCUGCCUCAGAACCAGUACGUGUUGUUCUCGAGUGCGAUGGAACCCAAAUCGAAGAUGGCGAAUAUUUCAGGACGUUGGCGAACAACACGGUUUUACUGCUCCUGCGGCAAGGUGAACGGUGGUACCCGACUGGCGUAGAUGUUAUAAAAGCUGCGAUAUCAGCUAUACCCAAAAUCGUCUGUGAGACGAUCCAUGCUCUCGAGCUACACGAUGAAACGCCAUCUUGGAAGAUUAUGGACAACAAGGGUCGUGUUACGGUGGUCCUGCAUUGGGAUCAGCGGCAGGGGAGCGGACAGGGCGGAAGCGGUAGUGGCAGUGGAGGCGGGGGGAUCGGUGCUAGCGGCAUGGGCGGACCGAGCGGCAGUAACGGACCACCAACGGAUAAAUAUUCGCCGUCGAAAAAAGGACUCUCAGCACAAAGUUCACUGGACAAAUCAUCGAGUGGGGCGCCACCACGAUACGCCAGUCCACAAAUAACAGUAAUUAGUGACGAAGGUCCACAGAGUGUAUAUCAUCCGGGCCGAAGAUUAUCGAAGCAGGGUAGCUCGUUUGAUAGUGUUGUGAGUGGGGCGGUGCAUGUGCACACACCUGAAUGCGCGCACCAUGCGCAUACGCCUAGUCGUGCUGGCAGUCCCAGUACAACCGAAUGUGAUUUCCACUGUUGCGCCCUGCACGAGGAGGGUCGAAAAAUAGCCGUGCAUAAAAGCGUGGCCACCUCCCCAAUACAGGAUGGUACGGGUAGUCCCCAGCCGCAGUCCGUGACGAUAUCGGGCGAGCCGGGUGGCAGCAUGCAACGAAGAUCUUCGGGUGCAAAAGGGCAACAUGUCCGAUUUUUAGAUAUCGCACCGGAACGCGAUAGUUCCGAAAGCGAAACGGAAAACACCGUCAUGGAGGAUGAUAAAACCACUACAGAAAAAUUCCUAUUGUUAAUCGAUCAGCUAUCUGUAGAUCAAAAACGUCAUUUAAGUAUUAAGGAUAUUGGUAUUAUAUUAGAACGUUUAAAUUCAAAAAUCCUAGAUGUUGAACGUUUGGAUAGGGAAUCCGAAUCCGACGAUUGUUAUAAUUGGACGAUAAAAGCCACAAUACGUGGCGAAGCGUUACGUGAACUAGGCGUUAUUUAUAACGGUAACUACUAUGCCAUCUCCGAGCAUCCCGGCUACAAGGAGGAGGUCGAAGAAAACGGUGACGAGCCUGAAGAGGAGGAUGAGGAUCGGCUCUAGAGCCUAGCAAAACCCUAGACGAAAUAUUUAAAUAAAGAAAUAAUGAAUAAAUUGAAUAAUAUUGCCUUUAUUUUCUAACGUUUUGUUCUAUAAGGAUGAAGAAAAAAUAAUAAAAAAUGAGAAGAUUUUUUAAAUUGUUGAGUUUUUGAUAAAUAUAAGGAUUAACUAUUAGACAAGAGAGAGAAAAGAGAAAAACAGACACGAAAUACAUAAUAUGAGAUAAAAUUAUAAAAAAAUUAAUAGAAAUUUAACGAAAGACUCAGAUGAGUAAGAAAAAACGCAAAGCAAAUUGGACAAUUUUAGAUUUGAUUUGAUUUCUCCAAUUAGAGCAAUGAAAGAUACAAAAAUUUGCGCCUUCAACUCCUGCGUUAGUCGAAAUUGUUUCGAGAAACACCAGAGCAACCGCAUUGGCUGCCUUCAAUUCGAAGAGAACGUUGUGGCGAUUUAAUAGCGAUUUGUGUUCAAUAGAAAAUAUGAUGUGCAUAAAGGUUCCUUGGUAAUGUCAAGUCCAGUUUCAUUUCGUCCUGCGCAGACGUCUAAGAUUUUUCCUGAGUAGAUAUACCGAAUUUUUCGGGGUUCCAGGAUGGUUGUUGAUGAAUUUCUGUUUGUAAUUGCGUUAAUAGCACUUUUGAUGGUUUCUUUCCGUUGGCGAAGUUGUAUGUGUUCAGUUUGGCCUUACGUUGCAUCAUAUUGUCUAGAGUAUCCACUAAGUUCAACUGAAGUCCUUCCAGCACUUUCGAAACGAUUUCUAGCCAACUGUUGUUCAUUUUCACCACUCUCACAUCUCUUUGUUAUUUGAUUUAUAAGGCAUACGCAAAUCUAGUUUUUAAGUGUUUAUUACUUAACAAGAUUAAAAGGAAUUUAUUAAUUGUGUAUAAAACAUUCAAACGCAACCAGGCGAAAUCACGUAAUGAAAUUAAAUUAAUUAAAUUAAUUAAUUUAAUUUAAGUCAACUUUAAAUGAAAAUGAACAAAAAAAAAAACUUUAAAAAACGAGUGAGUUGUGAGUAACAUAUAAUAAUAUGUAAAGAAAAUUUAGAAAAAAAUGACACACAUACAGAAAGAGAAACAAGUUUAUUAUUAAAUAGCAUAAAAGAAUAAAAAAAGAUACCUUGAAAAGCGACAAGAACAACAAGAGCAACAUAAAUAAAAUAAAAUUCGUAACUAAUCAUAAACACAUACACACUAAAAAAAUGUACACUCAACAAAUUUCAAUACAGUAAUUCUUCAGAAAAAAUAACAUAAAUGAAUAAAUAAAAUCGAUAUAAAAAUAGCGAAAUCUGUAACACUAGGCGAAAACACACUAACGACGUGAAAGAGAAAAAUGGGGUGAAAUCAUGAAACAGAAUAGCAGAAUCCAACUGCAACUAAAACCAAUCCAAAAAAUUGUAAUCAAGGUUCGGAAAAUGUUGACACAAUUGACAAUUUCCACUGAACAUUUUUAAACUUAUUUUAAACAACUUGUAAGACCUAAUUGAGAUAUUUUAAUAAUAUUUAAUAUUUAAUUUAUUCAAGUCAAAUUUGAACCAAACAAUUUGUAUCUUUUAGGCCUUAUUUCGAAUAUAUAGGUGAGAAAGACAUGACAAGACCUAGGAAACUGAACGUAAGGUGCAAUAUCUUGCGUGAGUUGGACCCACUACCUAGUAGUAAUCUUUUCGAAAAGGGAAACCAGCACACCACAUCGAGGCCACGACUCCAACCAUAAUUAGCUCCUAUUUAAAGCAUAAAAGGGCUGUCUGGUAGCACAUAAUACUCUGAAUUUAUCCUCUAAAGGUUAGGGGUUUUCCCUAAACAAGCGUUUGCUCACAUUCGCUAGUCGCGUCCGAUGCCUCAUCCAUUAAAGAACAAGAGGAUUUAUCUCCAAUGGCGCGUUCAGAAU